GUCAAAGCCUAGGGUUUUCGACAUUUUUAUAUGUAACGUCUUAAACCUCAGCGGGUUUUGGUUCGGCUAGGCGGGUGCAGCCCCUCUCUUGUUUUCCGGAAAUAAAAGUCAGUAAAUUAUUUUGCUCAGCGAAAGUAAUAUCUUAAGAUAACGCAACGAUUCUUUAUUUUCUGAAAACAAAGUCACUUAUCCCCGACGUGGUGUACAUCUGCCGUCGUCUCUGGCCACCGCCUCAUACGGGUUUUCUGCUGUUGUGAAGGCUUAUUUGAGCUUAUAUUAAGGAGGAAAAAUGGAAAAUUCUUGCCCACCUGUAGAGUUGAUGACGGGACACGAUUCAGUGAGCUUGGAAGUCAACGAUAGCAAUGCAUUAAUCUUGCCUACGAAAAGAAGCAAGAAAAGGAAAGUGAAGAAUCAGGGGCUUGAAAGGGUCAAAGAGAAACAAAUCCCCAAAUUGAGUAAAUCUCAGAUAAGAAAGUUGAAGAAGUUGGAGGAGGAGAAAGAGAAAACACUUUUGCUAUCAAAGAGCAUUGAGACAUUGGAGAAAUACAAGAUUCCGGAAGAUGCAUAUUCUUUGCUGCAGUCUUCAAAAACAAUUGGUCGGGCUGAAACAAUGCGGGAAAAACGUAGGAGAGCUAUUCAAUUUUCGAAAGCAGGUUUAGAAGUUCCACAUAGUGACAAAUUUUCUAAUGGGAGGGAGGGCGAUAAUUUGUGUUCUUCUUCUGAACCUGAACUUGAGUUGGAGGAAAUAAAAUCAUGUAAGGAUAUUAGUAAGAAUCACAUCGGGCAACCAAUGAUGAUAGAGAGAGAAGUUGCAAGCCAUGCAUGUGACACAUUGGCAUCAUCUCAGGAGUUGGUUUCUGGUAAGGACCUAGGCCUCAGCUGCAGUCCUGUUCAUACCUUGCCAACUAUGGAGGUUACCCUCAAGGACAACGGUGCACCUUUAGAAGAAGGCAUUAAAACCUGUAUUCCUAAGUUGUCUGUCAAUGAUGGGAGAAAAAGCUCUAUGGUAAUGGGACAUGUUUCUGUCCCAACCGUAGUGCAUGUCUCCAGGCCAGUUGAAAUUGAGAACAAAAGGAAGGAUCUUCCAAUAGUCAUGAUGGAACAGGAAAUAAUGGAGGCUAUAAAUGAGAAUUCUACUGUUAUAAUUUGUGGAGAGACUGGAUGCGGUAAAACCACUCAGGUUCCUCAGUUUCUUUAUGAAGCUGGCUUUGGUUCAAACCGGUCUACUCUUCGAAGUGGUGUCAUUGGUGUUACUCAACCUCGUCGUGUUGCUGUCCUUGCUACUGCCAAGCGAGUUGCUUUUGAACUUGGUCUUAAUUUAGGUAAAGAAGUUGGGUUUCAAGUUAGACAUGACAAGAAGAUUGGGGACAGAUGCUCUAUCAAGUUUAUGACUGAUGGCAUUUUACUUCGAGAAGUUCAGAAUGACGUUUUACUAAAGCACUACUCUGUCAUUAUUCUGGAUGAGGCUCAUGAGAGGAGCUUGAACACAGACAUACUUAUUGGAAUGCUUUCUCGUGUAAUUCAACUUCGUCAGGAUUUGUAUGAGAAGCAACAGCAGAUGGUGCUUUCAGGACAAAGUAUAGGCCCUGAAAACAUGAUACUUCCAUUAACUCUUGUUUUGAUGAGUGCUACACUGCGAGUGGAGGACUUCAUAUCUGGGAGAAGGUUAUUUCUUGUUCCUCCUCCUGUAAUUGAGGUUCCUACUAGACAAUAUCCAGUCACGAUACAUUUCUCGAAGAGAACAGAGCUUGUGGAUUACAUUGGUCAAGCCUUCAAAAAGGUAAUGUCUAUAAAUAAGAGACUGCCACAAGGUGGCAUACUUGUUUUUGUCACUGGACAGAGAGAAGUAGAAUACUUGUGUCGAAGGCUACGCAAGGCUUCUGGGAAGGUGACUGCUAGUAUUUCUAACAGGGACAAAAGUACUGUGGCCACUGCUUCCUCUCAAAUCAACUCGGUUGAGGACAUUGAUAUGAAGGAUGUCAGUGAAGCAUUCGAGAUUAAUGGAGACUCAACCCACCAGCAGACUGACAGGUUCAGCUCUUAUGAUGAAGAUAAGAAUGAUUAUGACGAGGAUGAUUCAGAUGCUUCUUAUGAUUCUGAGACGGAGAGUGAACUGGAAACUUUUGCUGAGGAUGGGAACAAAUUAGAUCAGAAAUCCAUGGAAAAUGGUGAUAACUUGGUUGAUGUAUUAGGAGGGGAUGGAAGCCUUGCUUCACUUAAGGCUGCUUUCGAAGCUUUGGCUGGGAAAAGCAGAUUAGACUCUAAUCCUGAGGGACAAGAGGCUGUCUCUAUUAAUCCAGAGAGCAGCCUAGAGCAACCCUCUGCCCCCAUUGAAAAAAUUAGUGAAGGUAAUAGAAGCCUUAAUGCUGGUCCACUACGAGUUCUACCUCUUUAUGCCAUGCUACCCGCAGCAGCACAACUUCGUGUAUUUGAAGAGGUUAAUGAUGGAGAGCGGCUUGUUGUUGUGGCUACCAAUGUGGCUGAAACCUCUUUAACCAUCCCUGGAAUUAAGUAUGUGGUUGACACUGGGAGAGAAAAGGUCAAGAAUUAUAAUCCUACCAAUGGCAUGGAAUCCUAUGAGAUACAAUGGAUAAGUAAAGCAUCUGCUGCUCAACGAGCAGGAAGAGCUGGAAGAACCGGUCCUGGCCAUUGCUAUCGUCUCUAUUCACCUGCAGUCUUUAAUAACAUACUUCCUGACUUCUCUUGCACUGAAAUAUCUAAAAUACCAGUUGAUGGUAUUGUUCUUCUUAUGAAAUCCAUGGGCAUUGAUAAGGUUGCAAAUUUCCCAUUUCCAACGUCUCCAGGGCCCACUGCCUUGGUUGAAGCAGAGCGUUGCCUGAAAGCCCUUGAAGCACUUGAUAGCAAUGGAAGGUUGACAUCUCUGGGAAAAGCCAUGGCUCAUUAUCCAAUGAGUCCUCGCCACUCAAGGAUGCUCCUUACUGUUAUCCAAAUAAUGAGGAGGGUGAAAGAUUAUGCUCGGGCAAAUUUGGUUCUUGGAUAUGCAGUUGCAGCGGCUGCAGUUUUGAGCUCAACAAAUCCGUUUGUCAUGCAGUAUGAAGAAAGCUACACUCGUUCUGAUGAAUCAAAGCGGGACGAUGUAUCUGAUCGCAUAGAUAGUGAGAAACUUUUGAACAAAAAAGAAAAAUCAAGGAAAAAGAAACUCAGAGAAAUGGCCAAAAUGUCACGUGCUAAAUUCUCUAAUCCUAGCAGUGAUACUCUUACUGUUUCGUAUGCAUUACAGUGUUUUGAGCUUUCAAAAAGCCAAGUAGAAUUCUGCAAUGAGAAUGCAUUACAUCUGAAAACCAUGGAAGAAAUGUCAAAGCUAAGAAAGCAGCUUCUUCAGUUGGUUUUUAAUCAAAAUGUUCAUCGUGAUGUUGAACGGGAUUUCUCGUGGACUCAUGGAACUAUGGAAGAUGUAGAACACUCUUGGAGGGUCUCGUCCAGUAAGAACCCACUUUUACUGAAUGAGGAAGAGCUCCUAGGCCAAGCAAUCUGUGCUGGUUGGGCUGAUAGGGUUGCCAAACUCAUCAGAGGAGUUUCAAGUUCAUCUGAAGGAGAUGGAAAGGUAAAUACAGUUAGGUAUCAAGCAUGCAUGGUUAAAGAAACUGUCUUUCUCCAUCGGUCUUCAUCCCUUUCGAGAUCUGCUCCGGAGUUCUUGGUGUACAGUGAACUAUUACAUACAAAACGGCCAUACAUGCACGGGGCGACAAGUGUGAAAUCAGAUUGGCUUGUUAAAUAUGCCAAGUCUUAUUGCACUUUUUCUGCUCCUCUUCCUGAUCCUAGGCCUUAUUACGAUCCUCAAACAGACGAAGUAUAUUGUUGGGUAGUUCCCACUUUUGGGCCUCACCUAUGGCAACUUCCAAUGCAUAAUUUGCGGAUCAGUAGCAAUGCACAUCGUGCUACAGUAUUCGCAUUUGCUUUGCUCGAAGGCCAAGUAUUACCAUGCUUAAGUUCUGUUAAGCCAUUCAUGUCAGCCUCUCCCGAUAUCAUUUUAAAGCCAGAAUCAUAUGGUCAAAGACGAGUUGGAAAUCUUUUACAUAAGUUGAAGGCAUUGUCAAUCGACAGUUGUGCUCGGUUAAGAGAGACAUGGGAGGAAAAUUCCAGGGCAUUACAUUCAGAAAUUCUUGACUGGUUUCGGGAAAGUUUUCAUAAACAAUUUGCAAGGCUUUGGUCAGAGAUGCUCUCUGAAGUCCUUCUAGAGCCUCAAGAACGUUUCCCCAAGAGAAUUAAGAAAGAGAAAAGGAAAAAAUGAAGUUGCUUAUUUGAAAAUAUCUCUUUUUUUUUUUUUUUUUUUCUGUUUGGCAGAAUCUCAAAGAGCUUAAUCUAACUUGUAAGAGGAAAUAACUAUUCAUGUUAUAAAGCAUUUAUAGAUGAAGAUGAAAAAACUUGAUUAUGUACUAAUAGUCAGUGAAAGCAUUAUAUUCUUAUACUGACUUGCAACUCACGCUGCCGAAUUCAUUUACCAAAUUGACUCUACGACCUUCCUUAACGGGUAAGGCAUGGUUAAAAAUAGGGAUUGUGAAUCAAAUGUGACAUCUAAAAAAGUAUAAUUAUAUG